AUGCCGGCGCAGCAGGAUGUAUACCCUGCCUGGGCCCACAGCCCGGAGGAUGUGGCCGCGCAUUUCAACGUAGAUUUAGAUCACGGUCUCUCCGAUGAACUUGUGGCGAAGCAGCGCGCCCUGCACGGGUUCAACGAGCUUGAUCACGCUCCGGCCACCCCCCUUUGGAAACUGGUCCUCCAGCAGUUUGACGACACCCUGGUCAAGAUCCUACUCCUGGCAGCGGGCAUCUCCUUCGCCCUGGCCUGGUUCGACGAGGGCGAGGGCGCUGGCGCGGGCGUGCGCGCCUUCCUGGAGCCCGCCGUCAUCAUCCUGAUCCUGGUGCUGAACGCGGUGGUGGGCGUCUGGCAGGAGGGCAACGCCGAGUCAGCGCUGGAGGCGCUCAAGGAGAUGUCGGCAGAGACAGCCAAGGUCUUCCGCGCGGGCCACCUGGUGCCCGACCUGCCCUGCCGCGACCUGGUCCCCGGCGACGUGGUAGAGGUGCACACGGGCGACCUGGUCCCCGCCGAUGUGCGCGUAGUGCGCCUGGGCACCGCCCUCUUCCGCGUGGAGCAGGCGGCGCUGACCGGCGAGUCGGCCGCGGUGUCCAAGCACGCGGCGCGCCUGGCCCCCGCCGCCUGCGAGCUGCACGCCAAGGACAACGUGCUGUUUGCCGGGACCGGGGUGGCAGCGGGGACGUGCCGUGCCGUGGUGUACGCCACGGGCAUGCGCACCGAGAUCGGCCGCAUCCAGGCCCAGAUCCAGGCGGCCGCAGAGGAGGAGGGCGACACCCCGCUCAAGAAGCGACUGGACGAAUUCGGCGAGGCCCUGGCCCGCAUCAUCCUCUACGUCUGCGUCGCCGUCUGGCUCAUCAACUACCGCCACUUCAUCUCCUGGAAGACGCUGCCCGGGUCGGCCUUCCUCCCCGACCCCGCCUCCGUGGAGUUCUCCCUGGCCAAGGCCACCUUCUACUUCAAGGUGGCCGUGGCCCUGGCGGUGGCCGCCAUCCCCGAGGGCCUCCCCGCCGUCAUUACCACCUGCCUGGCCCUGGGCACGCGCAAGAUGGCGCGGCGCAACGCCAUCGUGCGCAAGCUGCCCUCGGUGGAGACGCUGGGCUGCACCACCGUCAUCUGCUCCGACAAGACGGGCACGCUGACCACCAAUCAGAUGGCGGUGUCCCACGUCGUCACCCUGGCCGGCGCCGGCGGGGAGCUCAGGACGCUGGACGUCACGGGGACCAGCUACAACCCCGCCGACGGCGAGGUGCGGGGUCUGGGCGCCGCCGCCAGCGGCGCGAGCCUGGACGCCGGCCUGGCCGCGCUGGCGGCCACCGCGGCGCUGUGCAACGGCGCGCGCAUCGCGACCAAGCACGGACACGCGGUGGCGGUGGGCCAGUCCACGGAGGCGGCGCUCCUGGUGCUGGCCGAGAAGCUGGGCGCGCCGGACGCGUCGGAGCGCGACGACGCCGCCGCGCGGGCCCCGCUGCCGGAGGAUGGCGAGGUGGAGCUCAGAGCCUGCGAGGCCUACGCCGCCAGGUUCCGGACGCUGGCGACGCUGGAGUUCGACCGCGACCGCAAGUCCAUGAGCGUGGUGUGCGCGCCCACCAGCCCCGACGCCUGGCCGCCUGCGGGCGCGCGCGCCGACGGCGGCGUGCGCCGCAGCUCGCGCCUGUCCCGGCGCGGCGGCGGCGACGGCGGCGGUGGUGUCGCGGAUUCCGGCGCCCCCCGCCCGCCCAACGUGCUGCUGGUGAAGGGCGCGGCGGAGUGCGUGCUGGCGCGCUGCACCCACGCGCUGCUGCCCGACGGCGGUGUGGUGGCGCUGGAGCCCGCCGCGCGCGCCGCGCUGGGCGAGGUGGUUUCCUCGCUGGCACGGCGCGCGCUGCGCCUGCUGGCCCUGGCCGCGCGCCCCGACCUCCCCGCGCCGCUGGCCGGGUACGACGGCGGCGAGGCGCACGCCGCGCACGCCGCGCUGGCCGACCCGGGGUCGUACGAGGCGCUGGAGUCGGGGCUGACCUUCCUGGGGCUGGCCGCGCUGCGCGACCCGCCGCGGCCGGAGGUGCGCGGCGCCAUCGGGGCCUGCCGCGGCGCGGGCAUCCGCGUGAUCGUCAUCACGGGGGACAACAAGGCCACGGCGGAGACCAUCUGCGCCGACAUCGGCGUGCUGGGCGGCGCGGGGGACGAGGAGGAUGGGAGCGACGACGGCGCGUCCCUGCCGCGCAGCCUGACCGGCACCGAGUUCUGCGCGCUGAGCGAGGCUGACAAGGCGCGCGUGCUGGCCCGCCCCGGCGGCCUCUGCAUCUCCCGCGCCGAGCCGGGGCACAAGCAGGACGUGGUGCGCCGCCUGCGCAACGCGGGCGAGGUGACGGCCAUGACGGGGGACGGCGUGAACGACGCGCCGGCCUUGAAGCUGGCCGACAUCGGCAUCGCCAUGGGCGUGACGGGGACGGAGGUGGCCAAGGAGGCGGCCGACAUGGUGCUGGCCGACGACAACUUUGCCACCGUGGUGGCCGCGGUGGAGGAGGGACGCGCCAUCUUCAACAACAUGAAGGCCUUCAUCCGCUACAUGAUCUCCUCCAACAUCGGGGAGGUGGCCUCCAUCUUCCUCUCCGCCGCACUGGGGCUGCCGGAGGGGCUCAUCCCCGUCCAGCUGCUCUGGGUCAACCUGGUGACAGACGGACCGCCGGCCACCGCGCUAGGGUUCAACCCCCCGGACCCGGACAUCAUGAGCAAGCCGCCGCGCCGCGGCAGCGACCACUUCCUCACCCCCUGGCUCCUGUUCCGAUGGGUGGUGGUGGGCUGCUAUGUGGGCUUUGCCACGGUGGGCGCCUUUGCCACGUGGUACACCUCCACCACCUUCCUGGGCUUCAUCGACCUGUCGCGCGACGGGCACACCCCCGUCACCCUGGCCCAGCUGCGCGACUGGGAGUCCUGCCCCUCCUGGCCCGGCUUCACCGCGGCCAACUACACUGCCGGUGCGCGCGCGGUGGAGUUCGCCGACCCCUGCGAUUACUUCACCACCGGCAAGGCCAAGGCCUCCACCUUGUCCCUGUCCGUGCUGGUGGCCAUCGAGAUGUUCAAUGCCGCCAACGCGCUGUCGGAGGACAACUCGCUCGUCACUGUGCCCGUGUGGUGGAACCCCUGGCUCCUCCUGGCCAUGGCCGUCUCCUUCGGCCUCCACUUCCUCAUCCUCUAUGUCCCGGUGCUGGCAGACGUCUUCUCCAUCGUCCCGCUCUCCUUCCAGGAAUGGCUCCUGGUGCUGGCCUACUCCCUCCCCGUCGUCCUCAUCGACGAGGUGCUCAAGGCGGUGGGCAGGACCUGGGUCAACAAGUCCACCGCUGCAGCCGACAGGGCCGCCGGCAAGGCCAAGCUCGAAUAG